AUGCCUCAAAGUCAGAAGAGUAAGCGCUGUACUCGGGAGGAACACCACCAGGUCCAAGGUGAGAUCCAGGAUCUCCGGAUGAAUGCUCAGGCCAGUGAAACCAAGGAGAAAAUAGCUCCUCCUUCAUCUUCUCAUUUAGGAGUUAUCACCCGCAAAAAUUCUGCUUCUAGGUCACAAAGUGCUCCCAAGGUGCCUGAGGAGCCCUCUUCCAGCACUAUACCUGUAAGCAUUUCUCCCUCAAGAUCACCUGAAGGAGCCAACUGCAAAAUUAAGAAAAAGCAACAGUCUUCCCAGUCCCCACCUUCUAGCAUGCAGCCUCACAAAGACUCUCUAACCAAAACAACCAGCAUUUUGGUGCAGUUCAUGAUGCACAUGUACAAAAUGAAAAGGCCCAUUUUGAAAGUGGAUAUGCUGAAGAUUAUUAAUAAAAAGCAUAAGAAUCACUUCCUUGAGAUCCUCAGAAGAGCUUCUUUCAGCAUAGAGGUGGUAUUUGGUGUUGACUUAAAGAAAGUUGAUUCUACGAAGAAUGCUUAUGUUCUUGUCAGCAAAAUGAAUCUCCCCAACAAUGGGAUAGUGAGCCAUGGAAGGGGAUUUCCCAAGACUGGUCUUCUAAUGAAUCUCCUGGGUGUGAUCUUCAUGAAGGGAAACUGUGCCACUGAGGAGAAUAUCUGGGAAUUUCUGAAUAAGAUGAGAUUAUAUGCUGGGAAGAGACACUUCAUUUUUGGGGAGCCCAAGAAACUCAUCACCCAAGAUUUAGUGAAGCUUCAAUACCUGGAGUACCAGCAGGUACCUGAUAGUGAUCCUGCUCGCUAUGAAUUUCUAUGAGGCCCAAGAGCCCAUGCUGAAACAAGUAAGAUGAAAGUCCUAGAGUUUUGGGCCAAGAUCAAUCAUACAGAGCCCAGUGCCUUCCAGUCCUGGUAUAAUGAAGCUUUGAGAGAUGAGGAAGAGAGAGCUCAAGCCAUAGUUACACUCAGUGAUAGCACCACCACAGCCAGUGAUUGUUCCAGGGCCAUGUCCCACAAUUCCUCCCACACCUGUAAAGUUGAGACAUAUUCUUCAGUAACUAAAGAAGGAAAUCAUUGUCUCAAGUAA